AUUUUAAUAAUUGUAUUCAUACAGUCUAUCCCAAAUAUUGUCAUUUAGCAUACAGUCAAUACAAGAUGUCGAGAUGUCUUUUUUUUUAAUUAAAUCUUUGCGAUGCAGCAUGUGUUUUACAACUACAGCAGAGCUGGGUUUGGGCUAGCCACAAUACAAGUGCAAAAGCCCACUGUGACCCAGGCCUAUGGUGUCAGACAGUGCAUGUCUGUGUCAGUGCUUCUUAAUCCUCCCAGCCCAGCACAAUCCCCCCACCCCAGGAGCUAAUGAGAGACAGAGAUACCCCUCCCCACUGAGAGUCUGACUUAAUUGGUUUGGGGUGGGGACCUAGGCCUCUCUAUGUUUUCAAAAGCUCCACAAGCGUUUCUAAUGCAUAGCCAAGGUUGAGGAGCGCUCUUCUAACUGAUCUCGAAGGAAUCUGCUAUUCUCAUAGCCUGUGAUUCUAUUUAAGGAAAAGAAUUGCAGCAAAGUGUUCAUUUGAGUUCAAGGGUAGCCUGCAGUUGUUUAUCGGCUGGUAGGUGCUGUGCCCUACAAGACGUAUUUAAGAAAAUAGACACAGUAAAGCGCUUUACGGAGCAAACAAUGUGCAAGGCAGUUCUUUGUGCCCCACAGGAGCCCUGCUUCGGGUAAGUUUCAGACUUGGGUGUUUGAGAUGUGGGGCUGCCCUGGAAGUCUUCACAUUGGGUUUGAUUUACAGGCGGUCCCCUAGAAACCACCCAUUUUGGAGAGGGUCAAGGUCCUCCCAUUUCAGUGAAUUUCGCCCCAGAUCCUACUUGCCUUCAGCUGUUUUAGGGAGGGGCCCUCUUACUGCAUUUGAGACACCUGGGUCCCCCUGAGGUUCUUGCCUCUGAUUUUUUAACACGAUUUGUGUCACUACCCAGACCAAACCUGCUUAUCAACCCUAGACUGAAGGUACUCAUUCGAUCUGUCAUCUUUAAAAAAUUUUCCAUAAAAUUAGUAAAUAUAAAUUAAUAACAUUUAAAAAUAUUAGAGGAAUCAAUAUUUCUCAAUGAAUACCAGAAUGGUUUAUUUUAGCAACUACAUAUUUCCAAUAUUGUCAGUCUGUAUAUUCACUAAAGAUGCAAAAAAUACAAAAUAUUACUUUCCCACCCCCUCGCUCACCUUUUUGUGGAGCCAGCAUUGCUUGUGCAGGGCCCUUGAGUUCCCGAAUCCGUGAGUCAUCUCACCCUGACCCGCUCUCCGAUCCACUGCAGAGCCAUCCGUUUCUAAAUUCAUGUCAGUCUGACCACGGGCCUCUGAAACCCUUUUAGACACAAAGCUACGUGGUUUUCUGCACGUUGCUGUGACCAUGUUUGUGUUUUCUGUAAUGUCUCGCUGGGGAAGGGUUUUAAUGUCCUUUGAUUAGCACAUGGCUCUAAUGCCCAUGGUAUGGAUGGAGAAGCCACGAGAUUGACAGGGCUAGGCACCUUGCUGGCUGGUCAGGCUCACGUCAGGGCUCACGUUUAUGAAGGGCAUGCCACCCAGGUGUGAGCUCGUCUCCGGGUGCCUGUAAGUGGGGCUUUUCCACUGUGUGUGCUAUUGCCUUUGAUAAAAACAACAUUGUUGCUGAUGCUUUCCCAUGCACUCAAAUGAGCUUUCUGUGCUAAGAUGAGGAAACUUCAAAACGUUUUUAUAAAAAACUGAAAUUGCUAGCUAAGUUUAUUUCGGCGCCAAAGAACUUUGAAAUCCAUGCGUCAUUUUUGUUGUUUUUUUUUUUUUCCAUACUGUGUAUUUACCAUGAAUUUUUGAAGACACCUGGGCUGCAUGGAUUUCAAAAAAAUUUUUUUGCACCAAAAUAAACUCCUGUCCAUUUUUCACAGACCUUCUGAAGUACCCUUGAAUUCUUACACCCCAGCUUCAGACUACGCGUACCUAGAAUGAUUCACAGAUAAAGACAGGUACAUGAACUUCUUAGCGUGGCAUCUAUUCCGGAAGUAGCAUGGAGACAUCUGUUGCAUACGUGCUUUCUGUGGUAGCCGGGGAAUCUUCCUCUCUGGCCACCUUGUGAUUGAGUGCUAGAGGCCUGCGUGUGGGGAGACGCUGAGAUCAACGCCAGUUGCUCAUCUGCUUUGGGGAUGAAGGUAAAGGGCUUCAGUGAUUCAUUUGCUCAGCAAGAUUGGCUCUAGCCAAGAAUUAUCUUUUUUAGAGUUAUUUAUUUGAAAUGCAGAAUGACAGAGAGAGAGAGAGAAAGAGGGAGAGGGAGAGGGAGAGAGAGAGAGGAGAUUUCUUCCAUCUGCUGCUUCACUCUCCAAAAGGCUGCAAUAGCCAGGGCUAAGGGCAAACCAGACUGAAGCCAGGAGCCUGGAACUCCAUCCAGGUCUCCGGCACAAGGGUGGCAGGGACCUAAGGACUUGGACCAUCUUCUGCUGCUUUCCCAGAUGCAGUCUCACAUGCCAUUGUGGAAUGUUGACGUCCCAAGUAGCGCUUUUAACAGGCGAAAUGUAAGCCACAAUUAAUAGUGCAAUUUGAGACCAGGGCCAGGGAGUGAUACUUUGGGAUCCUUUUCUAAGCAUGAUGUUAAAGCAGUCUCAAAAUCCACAAAUAGAUGUGCUUCUGCUUGUAUAUGAGUAUGGCCGUGGAUGACUAGAAGGUUAUCAGGGCAUAUGCUGCUAACUUGGCUUGUCUUUUGGGGAUGCCCGUGAAUACAUUGUUACUCCUUUCAAGCAAAGUCUAUAUCUGCACAUUGACUCAGGUACAUCCCGCUGAUUAAGUUUUGCUAGAUUGGAAAAAGUGGAAACUACACUUACAACGCUCUUUUUUCUAAUGAGGCCCAUCCAAGCACACAUUGUUUACAAUUCCAUCUUCCAGCUUCACGGGGCCAGAUGACUAACCACCGUCAGUCUCAGUGCCGGGAUGCGUGCACCGCAUCAGAGAUGAGGGCGCCGGUGUUUUGGCACCAUGAAGCAGCAUGGAAUUUGAAAUGAUUUAUGAGGAAUCCAAGAUGAAUUUGGAGCAGGAGAGGCCAUUUGUCUGCAGUGCCCCGGGCUGCUCCCAGCGCUUCCCUACAGAGGACCAUCUGAUGAUUCAUAGGCACAAGCAUGAAAUGACUUUGAAGUUCCCCUCCAUAAAAACAGACAAUAUGUUAUCAGAUCAGACUCCGACGCCCACGAGAUUCCUGAAGAACUGCGAGGAGGUGGGCCUCUUCACCGAGCUGGACUGCUCGCUGGAGCAUGAGUUCCGGAAGGCCCAGGAGGAGGAGAGCAGCAAGCGGAACAUCUCCAUGCAUAAUACAGUUGGUGGCGCCAUGACAGGGCCCGGAACCCACCAGCUUGGCAGCAGCCGCAUGGCCAGUCACGACACCAGCGUUGUGAUCCAGCAAGCCAUGCCGUCACCCCAGUCCAGCUCGGUCAUCACACAGGCGCCGUCCACCAACCGCCAGAUCGGGCCUGUCCCAGGCUCUCUGUCUUCUUUGCUACACCUCCACAACAGACAGAGACAGCCCAUGCCCGCCUCCAUGCCUGGGACCCUGCCCAACCCUACGAUGCCUGGUUCUUCAGCCGUCUUAAUGCCGAUGGAGAGACAGAUGUCAGUGAACUCCGGCAUCCUGGGCAUGCAAGGGCCCAACCUGAGCGAGCCCUGUGCUUCCCCCCAGGUCCAGCCAAUGCACUCGGAAGCCAAAAUGAGGUUGAAGGCCGCGCUGACUCACCACCCGGCUGCCAUGGCGAACGGGAACAUGAACACCAUGGGCCACAUGAUGGAAAUCAUGGGCUCCCGGCAGGACCAGACGCCGCACCAUCACAUGCACUCACACCCUCACCAGCACCAGACGCUGCCACCCCACCACCCCUACCCGCACCAGCACCAGCACCCAGCGCACCAUCCUCACCCGCAGCCCCACCACCAGCAAAACCACCCCCAUCAUCACUCCCACUCCCACCUCCACGCACAUCCAGCACAUCACCAGACCUCGCCACACCCGCCCCUGCACACCGGCAACCAAGCACAGGUCUCACCAGCGACACAACAGAUGCAGCCCACCCAGACGAUACAGCCCCAGCCCACAGGGGGGCGCCGGCGAAGGGUGGUGGACGAGGAUCCUGACGAGAGGCGGCGGAAGUUUCUGGAACGGAACCGGGCGGCCGCCACCCGCUGCAGACAGAAGAGGAAGGUCUGGGUGAUGUCACUGGAAAAGAAAGCAGAAGAACUCACCCAGACAAACAUGCAGCUUCAGAAUGAGGUGUCCAUGUUGAAAAACGAGGUGGCCCAACUGAAACAGCUGUUGUUAACACACAAAGAUUGUCCGAUAACAGCCAUGCAGAAAGAGUCCCAAGGCUAUCUAAGUCCGGAGAGUAGCCCUCCUCCAAGCCCUGUCCCGGCCUGCUCCCAACAGCAAGUUAUCCAGCAUAACACCAUCACCACCUCCUCGGCGGUCAGUGAGGUCGUGGGAAGCUCCACCCUCAGUCAGCUCACCUCUCACAGAACAGACCUGAAUCCCAUCCUUUAAACUAAUGGGCCACGCCUUGCUUCUAAGAAGACCUGUACCAUACCACGCGUCCUUUCUCUUAAGGGCAUUUUUAGAAUUAACUCCAACCUGGAAGACUCCUCAGCCCUUCAAAGACUGGCUUUCAUUUUUAUAGUUACAAUGGAAAUGUUGUCUUUUAUAUUUAGUUAUAUAAGAAAAAAAGGGAGUUAUGCAAUUAAUAUCUAUCAGCUUGGGAAAUGCUUUGGUGCUUUUCUCCAAUUUUCUGGUACCAGUUAUUUGUUUAUAAACUGAACCUUUUCUGUAUAUAGUCAUGGUUUCAUUCUUAUCAGCCGAAGCCUUUGCCUGAAACAAGGAAUCUUGUGAAACCACAGCUUUUAGCCAAAACGAGGCAUAGCUAGGUGUCAAGUAGGACAGAUCUAAGGUACCUGGGUAGGAAUCUAGAGACAGCCUAACUCAUGUUGAGUUUGUGCUCUCUCACCAGAAUCCCAGAUACACACACAGCCUUCCCCUCUUUGACUAGAAACAAUGUUAACAUCCAUCAGUGUCCAAAUGAAAUCACGAAGCAUCUCAGCCCUGCUCUCCCUCCUCUUGGUCCACUUGCUCAAAUACCCAGUUUUCCUCUCCAUUUCCAGUUGGCCUCAGGCUCCCUGUUUGCUAUUCAUUUUGACUUUCCUCCUGUUUUAUUGUUUUUCCCUUUAGCAUUGCAUGCAAUGAAAAUAAUGUUUAAAGAAAGAAAAAGAAGCAAACCUCAAAAAUGUGGACCUAGCUUUUCUUCACUUGCCUGUAACCCACAGCUGGAGUUCAUUCAACUCUUGCUUUUCACAAAAUAGUAACUGGGAGAUGUUUAAUGUGCCUGAUUUAAUGUUUUUAAUAAUCAGAGCAAAUAAAAGGUGGUUGAGUUACAGUGAAGCACUGUUAAAUGCCAGCUGUGGAGACACUAGGGAGGGAGUUCUGUAAGCCUCGACUGUGAAAGUCCAAAUUGAGAUGCAAGGCUAUAACAUCACACCCUGGAAUUACAACUGGUUUUAUGUGGCCUGUCUAUAUUGUUGAAAAUCCACGCGCUAUAUAAUAAUUCAGAAGGGCUCUAUUCACUACACAGAUUACACUAUUCAAUCAUCAGCUGCUAAUAGCCUAAGAUUUAUUAUUAUUAUUUUUCUUAAGCCUAUGGAACUGGCUUUGCCAUUCAGGUGGGUGUAAGCAAGCUGCAGAAACACAAAGAAAAUCCUGCGUUUUCACUGGGUGCUAUUAGCCUUCCGCGACAGUACAAGGGCCCUGUGGCUGCUGAAGGGAAGCCCCGAGUCUGGCACAGGCUGCUCCACUCUUCAACAAUUCUGAGUUCUAUUUCCAGCAACUUCCACAGACAUAAUCCAUUCUCAAAAGCAGAUAGACCCCCAAACCACGGCCAUGCCUCCUUCACACAAGCCAUUGUGCUGUGCUCAUGUUGUAAUGUCACAUCUCAAAUGACAGGGGCCAAGGUUCCUCCCUGAAGUCUAGGCAGGUGCUGGUUUUCAUCUCCAUUGAAUGCUUGGCGUGUGUGCGUGUACGUGUGUGUGUGUGUGUGUGUUUUACAAGAACAGUAUUUUACAAAGGUAUAGCUUUUAUAAGGGUUCAGAAAAGGGAAGGAUGUGCUUGUUUCCCUUACUACGGUGUAAGAAUCUAUUUUGGAGGAAAGAACAAGAAGAUAUGAGGGCCAUGAAGCGUAAUUUUUAUACCUAGUUUCAGUUUUAUCAAAUAACUUACUCUUUAAAUCAAUGUCUAUCAACAGUCUGUGUGUCAAGUGUGUUCAAAAGACAGUUUUGAGUGUUCAGUGAAACUUAAGACUUAGAUAUAUGGUCAAAAUGCAAAAAAAAAAAAUGCAAAUGAAAGGAUUCUCUAUUGUAUUUUAGACAAACAUAUCAUUUUCAGGUAUUCUAAAUACUGAAUUCAUAGUUGUUUCUUUUUUAUUCCAGCAGUAAUAGUUGAAAGGUUUAACCUGACUGGCUUCCUAAGAAAUAUUUAAUUUUUGCUUUAAAAAAAGUUAACGUUCAUAGAUCUGUCUCAAAUAUUUUUAAAAAAAUCCUUCAUGGGAUCAUCCACACAUCCCCUCCUCUCCUUUUGCCCCUCCACUGCCAGAAACAACAAAGCAUUGAAAUGUAUGUUUGUUGGGUUUUUUAAUUUUUAUGUUUUGAGUAAACAAAAAAUUUUCUUUAUGGCAUGUAAAGCACUUAAAGAAAUGGAUUUUCUUCUUUAAAUAUCCACUGGUAACAUUACCAUGUCCCGGGGGUGACCUGUCCCUAAAAUUGCGUUUUAGUUACUUCUCUUCCACAUCUUGAGUAAAAUUACUUAGUUGUUAAAUUGAAAGCCUGGGCAGCGAAGAACUUGCCUGAGUUUUCUUAAUUCAGCAACUUGACAGUUUGACUGAUGUGCAUUAUGUAGAGCUCAAUUAUGUCUGUUUUUUAUGCUAAGUAGGCAAACCAAGCAUACACGUUAGCAAACCGACCUCAACCUAGAAUUAGAAUAAACUGUCUGCGUGUAAGCCUCUGGGCCUUGAGGUGUGUUCAUUCAUAGGAUGGAAAUGCAGUAUAGCAAGAACGCAGCCCGUUGUCAAUAUUUCUUGAACUCCCCAACAGGGAGGCUCACUGUCAAGCUCAGUACUGGGGUUAGCAAUGUUGAGGAUUUCGCCUAAAGGUCCAGUCUUCACCAGAUCACAGGAAAAUCAGUCUGCCUAAAACGUCCCCCUUCUGGCCCAACACCGUUAGCCAGUAGGAGAGAACAUCUUUCUUCCCCCGUUCUCCUCUUACAACCAGUCACUGGUCAUCCAUGUACGUUUUCCGAGUCAGUGGCAAUGGCCUUGAGGGCGCCCAUCCCGUAGAGGAUGUCACUGUGCCACUGCCUCGCCUCCUCCCCGUGUGGUUUCCUUUAUCGCCAGGCUCUGCCUGUGGAGUCCUUGCCCCCUAUACGGGUGCUCAGCACUUCGGUACACUGGAGACCACUCCUACCAGGGGACCCCUUGCCCACACAGAGGCAUCCACAUCUUUGUUUCUCCUCGACACAUUUCUCAAUGAUGCCAGGACAGGAAUGGUGAAAAGCCCAGCUGUGGAUGAAUGUACUGAUUUUAAUGCCAGUCGGAUGUUUGCCCUUUACGGACCCAUGGAUCUCUCUCCUACUUUCACAGCAGUGCACAGAAGUCACCAUCUUGACACAGCCCCUGGGGCCACGCGGCUGUCACAGCACGUGCUACAGCGAUUAGGGUGACUCUUGGCGCUUGUCUCGUCAUUGACAUAAAAUGCAGUGUGUGAGUCUGAGAGGGGUACCAAUGGUGAAGCUUCUGGUGCCUGUUAGUUAAGCCAAUGUUAGUGUGUUAGUUGAGUUUGUCAUUGAAAUCAUAAACCAGCCAUGGUGAAAGACCAGUCCUUGGCUGGGGAGAUUUCCGCAUCAGUAACUGCUAUAAAAUUAGUCAUCCCGUUAGGAUAGAAUGUGCUUCUUUCUGGUUAAUAAAAACCAUCUAAGAAAAUAUAUAUGUAUGUAUGUGUGUAUACAGUGGAAUUCAAGGACCAAAGCAAAAUUUGAACAGGAAUCUAUUAAUUUAGAAUUUUAUAAGAUAUUUAUUAAUAAAUGUUAUUUUUAAACAUUCCAUUUGAACAGUAUUCUUCUGUAGGAUCUGCUUGUUUUUAAAGUUAUUAGCUCAUAACAAACUACUCUGGUUGUGUGUAUUUUCAUUUUUCAGGGUUUCGAGUGGCUCAUCAUUUGGUAGAAUGUGUGCUUAGGUCUCUGUGCAUAGACAUCAAGGAUUUUUAUUUUUUUAAAUUUACGUUCUGAAUAGGUUUUCUUUUUUUACAAUUAUUUCUUGUUUUUCAUUUUUAAAGUAAGCUUUUUCGUGUAAGAAGCAGAGUUCAGCUAAAGGGAAUCUAACUGGAACUAGAAGAGCUUUCUUGCAGCAGCAUACAAACAACUUCCACUCUGCUUCUCUCCACCCCACACGAUUUCCUGGAAUGCCUUGCACUACAUUCAGCGUCCUUAGUGCUUUUUGUCCUUUCCCAAAUAAUAUGCAGUAGCUUUAAGCCAUUCAAGCUCCAUUAUGCAGCUUAUCUGAGAAAGGCAAGAAAACAACGCAUUUAAAUUUGAAUAAAACAGUGCCUAUGCGAACUGUAGCAAUUUAGAAUCUCUUUUCUGCUUUGAAAAUAAUUUAUAUUUUAAAAUUGCACUUUAGCUUUUCUGCUCCCUUUCCAUUGCUCUUCUCUUUCUAACCUCUUCCUUGUCCUCCAACUUGCCUUUGCGCUCCCUGUCCCACUCCCCUGCCUUUCCUCUAAGGCUCUGAGCUGCACCCUUUAAGAUACUUCCAGGCUCUCCGCACCAAAAGUACUCUGAGUGCGCUCGUUAGCAGCAUAGCUAAGACUUCUUUCUCCCAUCAGCCUAGAGGAAGCCCACUCCGAGAAUGCCAAGAAGAGCCAGUACACUGUGUGGCUUAUACUCCUGAUCCUUUUAUUCAUAGCAAGUUUUUUUUUUAAUGUUAUAUUAUGCAACCGAUGUGAGGCAGCAGCUAAGCCACACCUAAGAGUUUUUUUAUCUCAUCCUCUGAACCAAAGUGUCCUGAAUAAGCCAGGAGACUUAACUCUUGUGCACCUCAGUGCACAUCUGACCGCUGUCCUAGCCAUGGUUGGAGGCUGCUGAACUAACAGUGGCCCUAUCAAUUUCAUUCCUAAGUCUCAAGAAUACAAUGUUGCCUUGUAAUAUAGGGACAGCACCUCUGUUUUACAAUUGUAACCUAAGGAAGGAGAAAAAGAUACAGAAGCAAUAAACUUAUAAGUAAAACCUAUACCAAAACAAACACAUGAAGAAGUGGAAAAAACAAAAUGCCUAGCUCAUCACGUUGUGGAAAUGUAGAAAUGUGUGUUCAUUCAGAAUAUCAUACUAUUUCUCGUGGAACAUUUCAGUGAUGUAAUGCUUGUAGCCAAAUUAUUUAAAGAGUGCUUAUAUAUUUUUUCCUUAUAAAUUGUCUAUUUUUAAAAGAAAGUAAACAAAGCUAUUUAACCACAAGCUGAAGAGGUGAGUAAGGCCAAAUUGCCAGCAUUUGUUAAAAGAUUAAUACUCUUAAGUGGCACUCUGAUACCUUUCCAAGUUUAUCAUCAGAAAAAAAUCGAUAAUUACCAACUGUUACAUUUAGACUAAUUUACAAUAUGUAGCUCAUUAGAAGCCAGCAUCUAGGAAGCUCUUCUUAAGUCAUUUUAAAAAUCUUCUUUUAACUUUGAGCUUCAUAUUAUAUAAUUUUAUGCUUUUUAAAAAUGAUACAAUCAGCCUCAGGACUGAGAAUGUGGAACCUGAAUAAAUUGGCUUUAAAUGCAUCAUUAAAGUUUUAUGCACAAUAAGCUCCUUCGAGUCUCAUUUGCUCCUUGCAAACACCAAUGCCAGAGACACUACAGGAAGUAGUGAAAGGUAUCAGCAGUGCCGAGGGAGGGGCUUGAGGGAAAAGACCCUUUCCAACCAUCCAGCCAGCAUCUAAGACCUACUCACCCUCUUCCCUUCUGCUAAUUCACACCUGCAGCAGAAGAGUGCCGCUUCGACUUUGUCUCGGAGCAAAGAUAGGCUUGAAACAUGCUCCCUGGCAUAGGGUUUGGGAUCGUCUGAAAAUGCCCAGAGAAAUGGUUCAGUUCAAAAAACAGUGUUCUAGGACAAUUGCAUGAUGACUAUUGUCCAAAAACCUAACAACACAGAAAACGUUUAGCACUGUGAAAAGUGAGUGUUAACUAAGGAAGUCCCAAAAAAGGUGCUGUCACUUUAAGUUCUGGACUUGGGGGUGUUUGUAAUGAAUAGCAAAGCAACUGUGUGUGUUUGUCUAUUUGUAAAGCAACCACCUUCCUUAUUGGAAGGAGAAAAACAAUUUUGGGGUACAUACAUGUAAAUACUUGCUACAGCAUUUAAUAUGUUAAUUUUAUGUUAAGCUUUUUGUUGCAUCGUGAACACAUUUAUUGUUACCAAUGGACAAUGAAUUCAUUAAGACUGUUUGACUAGGUCAGAUUUUUACAUCUCUUUCUAGCAAGAAGAGACAAGAUUUUGUGCAUUUGUACAAAUGUUAAUAUCACUGCAAUUCCAAUAUAAUAAAGCACUC